AUGUCUCCGAAUCGCUCAAGAAAACCGACAGAAGUUAAGGAGGUGAAAGACAAGGGAGCCUUCUUCACAGCCCGGACAACACAAAGUAAGCUUACUGAUACAGGAGUUCAAGAUGGAGCAGACGCUGAGACAGAAGGUGAUACAAUCUCAGAUACAGAUAUAGAUCCUAAGCCUGCUCCUGCCCCUGCUCUUGCUCCUGCUAAAAAUGUAGAGGCCCUCCUUACACCGAAGCUGUUACAGGAAAUGUUGGAUAAAGCAGUUAUUCAAAUGCAGACUGCAGUUGCAACUGCUAUUGCAGAUUUAAGAGAGGAUCUGAUUAAACUAGAUACAAGGACUAUACAUUUAGAAACAAAGGUAGAGGUGGUCUCUGGAGCCUAUGAAGGUUUAAAAUCUCGUAUAAAUGUAUUGGAAGAUAAAAUGUUACUGCAGGACUCCAAACUUAUGGAUUUUGAAGAUAGAUCUCGCAGAAAUAAUAUUAAAGUGCGAGGAAUCCCAGAAGAGGUGGGGUCGCAGGAGCUUGGGACUUUCAUGUUAGAGCUAUUCCAAUCUGUGCUACCGGAUUUCUCACAAGAUAUGUUUUUAUUGGAUCGUAUACACAGAUUAAUUAGACCUCAAUUCCUGCCGGCUUCUAGCCCAAGAGAUGUACUCCUGAGAGUGCAUUAUUAUCAUGUGAAGGAACAAAUAAUGAGGGCUUAUAGAGCAAAAGAAAAUCGACCAGAGAAGUAUAAAGAAGUCCUCUUAUUCGCGGAUUUGUCAUCAGAUACCUUAAGAUUUAGAAGAUCCUUUAAAGAUAUUAUAGAGACACUCCGGGCUAACGAUAUCAGAUAUAAAUGGGGGUACCCAGCAAAACUGUUUAUUAUCAGAGAUGGAAAGUUUAAUGCUGUGUCUUCCCCAACAGAAGGCUCCAGGCUCCUUCAAGAAUGGGGUUUAAUUCCAGACUCCCCAUCUGAAGAUCAGUUAUUAAGUCAUUAA